AUGUCAACCUUCGAAGGGAAAUCCCCGUACUCCCCGGAUUAUGCAUCUUAUAACUGGACUGGUGCUCCGUCCGACUAUUCUGCACUAACCACCAAUGAUGCACUGGGUGGUGACUCCCGCACCGAGAACUUGAACAAAUGGUUCCAAUCUGGUGAUCAGGCCUACAUCCUCGUGGCCUCGGCCAUGGUCAUGGUCAUGGUGCCUGGUCUCGGUUUCCUGUACUCGGGCUUGGCCCGCCGAAAGUCCGCUCUUAGUAUGAUCUGGGCAUGUAUGGCAUCCAUGUCCGUCGUCACCUUCCAAUGGUACUUCUGGGGUUAUUCCCUCGCCUUCUCCCCGACCGCCACCAACGGUUAUAUCGGUAACCUACGCAAUUUCGGCAUGAUGAAGACCCUGGCCGCGCCGAGUCCGGGUUCUCCACUAAUUCCUGAUAUUCUAUAUGCUUUCUACCAGAUGCAAUUCUGUGCCGUGACUGCGGCUAUUGUUAUGGGAGCUGUGGCCGAGCGCGGUCGGCUUCUCCCCGCCAUGGUGUUUACUUUCGUCUGGGCAACCAUUGUAUACUGCCCCUUGGCCUGCUGGGCCUGGAACGUGAACGGCUGGGCGUAUAAAUAUGGUGUGAUGGACUACGCCGGUGGUGGUCCCGUGGAAAUCGGAUCCGGUUUUACCGCUCUCGCCUACUCCAUGGUUCUCGGCCGUCGACAAGAACGCAUGAUGCUCAACUUCCGUCCCCACAAUGUCUCGCUCAUUCUACUCGGUACCGUCUUCCUUUGGUUCGGCUGGCUGGGAUUCAACGGUGGUUCGGCUUUCGGUGCCAACCUUCGCGCUACCAUGGCCUCUUGGAACACCAACCUUACCGCGGCAUUUGGAGCUAUUACUUGGGUUCUACUCGAUUGGCGCUUAGCUCGCAAGUGGUCUAUGGUUGGUUGGUGUUCCGGUACCAUCUCCGGACUCGUGGCUGCGACCCCGGCAUCGGGUUUCAUUUCCCCUUGGGCCAGUGUGGUUCUGGGUAUCGUGACCGGCAUCGUAUGCAAUUACUCGACCAAGAUCAAGUUCUGGAUCCGCAUUGAUGACUCUAUGGAUGUGUUGGCUGAGCACGGUAUCGCCGGUAUUGUCGGUCUUGUUUUCAACGCCUUCUUCGCUGACGACGCCAUCGUGGGCUUGGACGGUGUCAACACCGGAACCAAGGUCGGUGGCUGGGUCAUUCACAACUACAAGCAGCUCUACGUUCAAAUCGCCUACAUCGUCGCCACUGCCAGCUACGCCUUCGUCAUGUCUACCCUGAUCGCUCUCGCUAUCAACGCCAUUCCCGGUCUGAACCUCCGCGCCUCCGAGGAAGCCGAGCUGCUCGGUAUGGACGACGACCAACUGGGCGAGUUCGCCUACGAUUACGUCGAGGUCCGCCGUGACUACCUUGCCUGGACUCCCCAGCAAAAGGACCAGCUUGAAGAUGGCCAUGAGAUCCCCGCUGCUGAGCGCUACGGUAUCUGCGAGCACAGCGAUAUGAUGAUUGAAGGCCAGCCGCCCAACGGCGAGAUCAGCCAGAGCAGCAGAGGCGGUAGCGAGGUGGAGGCUAUCCAGGAGAUCAAGGUAGCUCCCGGUCCCCGACAAGUCGCUGAGCACCACCCUCCCGACGCCCAGCCUCCCACUGAACAGCCCGUCAUGUUGAGGCCUGUCAACGAGAAGACCGAAGAUGGCUAA